AUGGUCAAGGCGAUCAAGGUGGUUACGUCUAGAGAAGAGUACGACGAAAUCCUGUCCUCGCAAGAAAAGGUGGUCGUCCAAUGGUCUGCUGUUUGGUGCAGCCACUGCAAAGCUAUCGCGCCCAAAUUGGCCCAGUACGACGAGGACUAUGCAGGUAUCACAUUCAUCAAGGUCGAUAUUGAUGACCUCCCUGACGUGAGUGAGGAGGCAGGACUUCGAGCAAUGCCAACGAUCCAUUUCUUCCAUAACAGACAAAAAGUAGACGAGCUCGUCGGAGCUGAUAACACGGCGCUUCUGCAGCAGAUUAAGGACCUUGCCGGCGCAAGCUCGUAA